CUCCUGGAACAAGUUCUGAGAGCCUGAACAUCCCAGGAACUUCCAAGAAGAGGAAGGACCUCUGAAUUAUAAUUGCGAACUGGACUUCCUUGAAGAAAUAAGUAGAAGGUGUAUGCAAUUCACAUAAGCAGAGGGAAUGGCAGAGCUGAAACCAACGCAUAUUAGCUGGCAGCCUUCAGUAAAUGCAAGUGCACACCAUACUGAUAGAUAUGCCAACACUGAGCUGACCGUGAGGCGUGGACAACCCUUCACUAUUACCUUGUACUUUAACAGACAAAAGCACCCUGGAGAGAGCCUAGCCUUUGUCACUGAAAUAGGACCAUCCCCCUCAGAAUCUCAUCGUACAAGGGCUGUAUUUAACCUCUCUGAGGUGGGAGCAAGUGGCUGGAGUGCUGUCCAGGGACCCAGUGAGUCUGGAUACAUGACCUUUAUAAUAUCUAGCCCAGCUAAUGCUGUCAUUGGACGAUACAAUCUCAUCCUCCAGGUAAACUCAGGAAACAACACCUAUUCCAGAUUCCUGGGGCAGUUCGUGAUUCUUUUCAAUCCUUGGUGCCCAGGUGAUGAUGUCUACAUAGCUAAUGAAAAUGAGAGACAGGAAUACGUUCUAAAUGAAAAUGGAAUUAUCUUUGUGGGCAACGCAAAGUACAUUGAAGCAAGAGGAUGGUACUAUGGACAGUUUCAAGACCACCUUCUAAACAUCUGUCUCACCAUGCUUGAUCUGAGUCUAUACUAUCGUCAGGAUCCAGCUAUUGAUGUAUCUCGAAGAGGAGAUCCGAAAUAUGUGGGCCGAGUCAUCAGUUCUAUGAUCAAUGGAAAUGAUAAUGAUAAUGGUGUUCUCCUGGGAAAGUGGCAAGGAAGUUUCCAUUCACAUGAGAAUCCAUCCAGAUGGGAUGGCAGCGUAGUAAUCCUCCAGAAAUGGCGUCAGGAUAACUACAAGCCCGUUCAAUACGGCCAGUGCUGGGUGUUUGCAGGUGUGAUGUGUACAGUUCUGAGGUGCUUGGGGAUUCCAACUCGUUUGGUUUCAAAUUUUAACUCUGCCCAUGAUGUGGAUAGAAACCUCAGCAUCGAUAAGUACUAUGACAGCUCCGGAAAAAGUCUUAAUAUCAGCAAGGAUUCCACAUGGGAUUAUCAUGUCUGGAAUGAAAGCUGGUUCAUUCGCCCAGACCUGGGAGCACGAUACAAUGGAUGGCAGGUUUUAGAUGCAACUCCACAGGAACAAAGCAGAGGAUUAUUCCAGUGUGGCCCUGCAUCUGUCAUAGCCAUCAAAGAAGGUGAUGUAGACCUGGAUUACGACACAUUAUUUGUGUAUACAGAGGUGAAUGCUGACUGCAACAGAUGGAUUGUAUACAAUGAUGGAACUAAGAAAAGAGUUUAUUGUGAUACUGAAAUAAUUGGCAGGUUUAUCAGCACCAAAGCCGUUGGCAGCAAUUCCCGUGUGGAUAUCACUUCUAACUACAAAUAUCCAGAAGGCUCUUCUGAGGAAAGAAGAGUUUACAAAAAGGCCUUGGCCAAGAUAUUUGGAUCACACAUCGCAGAAGGACACACUGCUUCCCCACAUGAAAGACCUUCAGAAGCAAUGAGAAACCCUGGGAUCUCUGGGAAGUUCAAGCUGGCUGAACCUCCAGUGUUUGGCAAAGACAUUAACCUCAUCUUAAUUCUCAAUAACCUGUCCUCUGACCACAAGACUGUGAAAGUGGACAUCAGUGCAUCAAGUGUCCUGUACACAAGGAGAGCAGUGGCAGAGAUCCUGAAAGCAAACACCUCUGUUGAUCUUGGUUCUAAGCAAGGGAAACAUAUCCGGUUAGUGAUCCCUUAUGCUUAUUAUGGGAAAUACUUGACUACCGACAAAAGGAUCCAAGUUACUGCUUUGUGUGAAGUCCUGCACAUGCAUGGGGUAAAACUGCUGGUGGAGAAGACGAUCAUUUUAGAGGACACAAACAUUAUCAUUAAGAUUCCUCGCCGGGUUGUAGUGAAUAAAGCUGCAACUCUAGAGAUCUCCUACGCCAAUCCACUCCCUGAACCUGUGGACCGCUGUGUACUCCUGGUGACUCUGAUGAAUCAACAGGUCAAGAUACAUCUAGCACGACUGGCACCAAGGGAGAGAUCAAGAAUUUAUUUUGAAUUCACACCUCGCAGGACUGGGCCCUUACAGCUGCAAGUAGACUUCUCUUGUGACAAAUUUUCACAUGUUAAGGGCUUUGUAACCAUUGCAGUAGCACCUGCAUAACACGAUGGAGUCAAUCUCCUAUUUCAGCAUUCUCACAACAAGACUUCCUUCUGCAAAGAGGGACAGUGAUCAUCUCUCAUAUUGCAAUAGAAUCAAGUUCCCUGCUUUUACAGCACUUCAUUAUUUAGUCUCUAACUGUACUUCCUUUUUUCUUUUUGUCAACACAUCUAGAGAAAUAAAUCUCCCUUCCUUGUAUAGAUAGAUUCACUGUUAUAUCAAAUCUGAUUGCAUUAAGCUUCAGACUUUGACUUUUCCAUCAAAUAGUUAAUGCAAUCUCUUCAUAAUCUCAUUCUAGUUGCCAGCAAUAAAUAAAAGCUAUUAAAAUAACUGUAUUCUUUUGUAAUGGAACAUACAUUAUAUGGAAACAUUAUGAGAAAUCACAAGAUUGAGGAAAGCUCCUUUUCCUGUAUUUAACAAGUUUCUUACAUUAGUAAGUAGAAUGCUUACCCCAUUGUGCCGUAUCUUGUGACACCUGUGACUUUGUGAAGGGGGAAAAAAGCCAAAGACUAUGAAAAUAGUCUUCCCAUGGCGUGUGUGCACAGGCCUGUAACAGGGCAGACAACUCACAUACAUAUACAACUCAGUAACAUGACCAACUCCCAGGCAGCAUGAAGCACAGGAAGAGUCUUGCAUUAAUAUAGAAGCUCAGCAACACAAGGUAACUAACAUUUUUUGUCCACCUCUGUAUGGUCACUAGAGAUAAAGAA